CGUCUCUGCAUCUCCACCUAAAGCUUCAGUGUUUUGUUAACAAUGGAGAUAGAACAGAAACAACCGCAAUUGAUAGAGCAGUUUGUAAAACAAGCUUCCAUUCUCACUCUCUCCUCUUUGCCUAAUCUCAUUGUCGAAGCCACCUCUCACCCUUCUCUCUUCGCCUUCUCCGAGAUUCUAGCUGUCCCCAACCUCCUCCAGCUUGAGGGAACGGAAAAUUCGACCUACUUUGAAUUGCUACGGCUUUUUGUUCACGGUAAUGCAGCCCGUCUACCACAGCUGGUACCGGUUCAAGUGGUGAAGCUUAAACAACUUAGCGUGCUUACUCUUGCUGAGACCAAUAAGGGCAUAGUCAAAGGGAAGUUGGAUCAUUCAAGAAGAUCCUUGAGGUUGAAUCCUUCACCUUGGUGCAAUUUGCGGCAGGGAGGGAUUUGA